AUGGCUGUGUAUGUCCGGUAUUGCGCACACAGGCAGGUUGGGCCUAAUCGCCGAGUGUGUGAAGAGUGGAGGCGUCCCACUUCUCGGCUGCAUUUCUGUGACCCGAAUUGGACCGGCCCGACCACAGUUCCCACUCGCUCCUUAGGCGAGCCCUUUUCCAGCCGUCGCAACCCUGCAGGACGGCCGCCCGAGCCCCGGCCACAGCCUUGGGGCCCGGAUUUCGGCCCAGGUUCUUUUCCGAUUGUUCGGGACGACUUGCGAGCCGGAGGGCGGACUGGGGCGCGGCCGUACCAUCGGCGCCCGGGCGCGGGGGUGCGCGGGAGGCCGGGUCGAGUUCCGCGAGGGCGGGCGGGGCCGAAGAAGCGGUGCCCCAGCUGCCCCUCCGCAGCCACUCCCAGAAGCAGCGUUUCCGCGGGCUGGAUACCCCUGGGAGGGCGGGCGGGCGGGCGGCGCGCUCGGCCCCGCAGCAUCCCCCCUCCGCGCGUCCCCAGGUGGUGCGGCCCGAGGGCUCGGCGUCUUUCCCCCAGUUUGCCGUUCACCCGGAGCGCUCGGGACUCGCUCGCAGCGGUGACUGGGGCAACAUGUCUGUGGCGUUCGCGGCCCCGAGGCAGCGCGGCAAGGGGGAGAUCACGCCCGCUGCGAUUCAGAAGGUAUCAACAGCUGUUGCAUACAAACUUGGUGUAUCUCGCUACCAUAGCAGACUCUAAUCAGAACAUGCAGUCUCUUUUACCAGCUCCACCCACACAGAAUAUGCCUAUGGGUCCUGGAGUGAUGAAUCAGAGUGGUCCCCCCCCGCCGCCGCGUGCUCACAACGUGCCUUCAGAUGGAAUGGUAGGCGGGGGUCCUCCUGCUCCACACAUGCAGAACCAGAUGAACGGCCAGAUGCCUGGACCUAACCAUAUGCCUAUGCAAGGACCUGGACCCAAUCAACUCAAUAUGACAAACAGUUCCAUGAAUAUGCCUUCGAGUAGCCAUGGAUCCAUGGGCGGCUACAACCAUUCCGUGCCAUCCUCGCAGAGCGUGCCGGUGCAGAAUCAAAUGACAAUGAGUCAGGGGCAGCCCCUGGGAAACUACGGCCCUCGACCAAAUAUGAAUAUGCAGCCGAACCAAGGUCCAAUGAUGCAUCAGCAGCCUCCCUCUCAACAGUACAGUAUGCCACAGGCCGGCGGGCAGCACUACCAAGGACAGCAGCCCCCGAUGGGAAUGAUGGGUCAAGUUAACCAAGGCAAUCAUAUGAUGGGACAGAGACAGAUUCCUCCCUACAGACCCCCUCAGCAGGGCCCGCCCCAGCAGUACUCCGGCCAGGAGGACUAUUACGGGGACCAGUACAGCCAUGGCGGACAGGGUCCGGCAGAAGGCCUGAGCCAGCAGUACUACCCGGAUGGUCAUAAUGAUUACGGUUAUCAGCAACCGUCGUAUCCUGAACAAGGCUACGAUAGGCCUUAUGAGGAUUCCUCACAACAUUACUACGAAGGAGGAAACUCGCAGUAUGGCCAGCAGCAAGAUGCGUACCAGGGCCCGCCUCCGCAGCCAGGCUACCCGCCCCAGCAGCAGCAGUACCCUGGGCAGCAGGCCUACCCUGGGCAGCAGCAGGGCUAUGGUCCUUCACAGGGUGGUCCAGGGCCUCAGUAUCCUAACUAUCCACAGGGACAAGGUCAGCAGUAUGGGGGAUACAGACCCACACAGCCUGGACCACCACAGCCCCCCCAGCAGAGACCUUAUGGGUAUGACCAGGGACAGUACGGAAAUUACCAACAGUGAAAGAGUACUUACAUUCCAAUCGCCAGGACGUACUAGCAGCCCUCCUGUCACCUCAGCACUGUGGCCACCUCCCUGUGAAGAGAUCCUUCCAUUCCGUCUAGUUUUUUGGAAAAAUCUUGUGGAUAAGUGGCUGUUUUGUCUUUAAGCAGCCUUCUUGGUUUAGUUUUAAAGGUUUUAGUAGCUUAAAAAUACUCUUGAUUUCACAUUUCUACUCUAGAUGGCAACAUUGGACAGAAAAUGCAAUGACAUAACCAAUUUGCAGUGAUUUUGGAACUGUGUUUCCAAACGACUGUUACCGACUGAAAGGUGUGAACAGCUUUGUAUGUUUACGAAGGUUAAGGGAAUUUAAUACUUUUCCACAAAUUCUUUUGUAAGGGGAAGAGGGGAAUGUACACUUUUUACAGCAGCAAUAUUUUGUAUAUUAUGUUUAUUUCAUGUGAAUAUGCAAGGCGGUACACUACGCACUGGACAGAAUCAGAAAUCCUCUAUUAAUGUGGACUGAAGUGUGGUAGAUGCCUGAUUUGGUCUCAGAAUGGUGUACUAUGAAGAUAAAGGUGAGGGUGAAGACAAAAGUACACCAUAUGUCCACUGUCAUGUUAUAGAGGAGACUGAAACCCCUUUUAUCUAUCAGAUAACGAAGGGCACUGUGAUACUGUUUUGAGUAAAGACUUUUUUUUUUAAGCCUUCCAGUUUUGUGAACUAAAACCUUUUUAUAAAGAUCAUUUAUAAUACUCUUUUAAAAUGUAAGGCAAUAUGAAUUGCAUUUUGUUGGAUCUAAAGAACCUUUAGUAACCAUUUUAUGUAAACAGUCAUAAUCCUUUCCUAAAAUAGCAAUAACUGAAAACGAAGUGUUCAUUUUAUCUUGUUUGAGUAAUCAGAAGACUUAGUAAAUAGUACUGAAAACCAUCUUAUAAAUAAUAUUAAAGAAGAGUCAACAUUGA